UAGACACAUCUUGCUAGCAUACUACCAAUGUUAUUAUUAUUAGUUCUUGUGUUUUGACUUUCUGGACAUUAAGUGUUAGAUAAGUGCAGUUUUUUUUAUUUCGGUUGAUUUUUUUGGAAAAACUGGAAGGACGGCUUGAUUACAGAUCCGGUGGAAUAGAUUUCCACCACUCAACCUCAAACAUGUUGCUUGAAAAUCAACCUAACUACUCUCAGAUCCACAGGUCUAUUUCUAUAGAUACUCUACGAUCCCUAGGCGAUAGACUUGGUGAUAGAAAUGUUGAUCUACGUCUAAAUCUACACCAAAACGAUAGAUUGAACCCACAAACCUUAAACAACGGCCUAGAAUUAAACCUAAGCCUGAAUUCUGCAGAUAGACUCCUACAAGACAGACUACAACAAGAACGAAGCCUUGAACGCUUGAUCUCAGAGCAAAACCGCAUGAACCUGGAUCACUCUCUAAGCAUAGAACGCCUUAACCUAGAAAGAAGCCUAACCCAACCGAACCUAAUUCAUAAUGACAGAAUCUUGGAUAGAAAUUUAUCUCCAAAUUCAGACCGCGAACGUAACCUAACCCUCAUAGACCGCAACCUAAACAGUGAACGUUCUCUUAACCUAAACCUGGAAAAUAGAUUGUAUAACGACCGCCUAGGACCUAUACCUAACGACAGACAGCAUAACAUACUACAAAAUUCAGAUGUUAAUGAUUUAAAAUAUAGAGAAUAUAAAAAUCAUUUAGAGAACCUAAGGAACUCCAACGAGGUUUCCAGGUUGGAAAACAGGUUGCAACCUCAGGAGGAAGAUCGAGGGGAUACACCAACAACCCCUCCUACACCCCUAAGUGUAGGGGAAAACUUUUCGGAAGAAAAAGUUUUUGGUUCAAAAGCGGAGCUGCAGCUGCACACGCAGGCGCACAUGCGCGAAGCCAAGCCGUACAAGUGCUCGCAGUGUUGCAAAGCGUUCGCAAACUCCUCGUACCUAAGCCAACACACGCGCAUUCAUUUGGGCAUCAAACCCUACCGUUGCGAGAUCUGUCAGCGAAAAUUCACGCAGCUCAGUCAUCUGCAGCAGCACAUCAGGACGCACACCGGAGAUAAACCGUACAAGUGUCGACACCCAGGCUGCCAGAAAGCCUUUUCCCAGCUUUCCAACCUACAAUCGCACUCCCGGUGCCACCAGACCGACAAGCCGUACAAGUGCAACAGUUGCUACAAGUGCUUCUCGGACGAACCCUCCUUGCUUGAGCACAUCCCCAAGCACAAGGAAUCCAAGCACCUUAAGACGCACAUCUGCCAGUACUGCGGCAAGAGUUACACGCAAGAAACCUAUCUCAGCAAGCACAUGCAAAAGCAUGCAGAAAGAACCGACAAAAGGCCGCCCAUCGGACCCGGAGGACUAGGUUUUAUUCCAGGGCUGAACCACAGAGGUUUGGAGCACCCCUAUUGGCCUAAAGUAUCCCCGGAUUCCGCAGAAAAUAUGCACGACUAUGAUAAUAAUAUUCCCCGGAAUAUUCUGGAGAAUAACGAGGAUUUGGUCAUAAUUAGGCAACAGUUGAGUCAGCAAAAUCCGAAUAAUCCAAACUCAAAUAAUAAUUUGUCUAAUUCUCCGUACGAUACUUCGAUAUCUAAAAGUAACACGAACUCAGCCUUUACGCCCAUAAACUCUAUGUCGGGACAUUUGAUGAACCACCACCACCAAUUGGCGCCCAAUCGCCCCUACAUCUACGACGCCCUUAGUUUCCAGAAGAGUCAAAACUCUCUUGACAUACCCAAAUCUCAACCUAGCAACGGUUUCCCAAACCAACUUAUCAGUCUGCAUCAAAUUAGAAACUACGCCCACCAACCUAACUCCAGUUUAAUGGAGCACUCCAUUCUAGGCUUAAAAGAUAAAUAAAUCAACAAUUUAACGCUCUGUGUCUUUUGAAAUGACCUGUAUAUAAGAUAUAAUGAUCUCACUUUAAAAAUAAUACAGGAUGACACAUUUUUGCGAAUAACUCUUCAACAAUUAAAGUUACAAAAUAAUUUACGCUUAAUAAGGUUUAAAAAGUCAAAAUAUUAUACGAUUUAAAGUUUCCGAGGUGUAAUGCUCUAAACGCCACAUCAUUUCACAUUUUAGUGUUACUCUUCAAGAGUUGGAGUUACUGAAAAACAGUAAAAUAUAAAAAUAUUCUCUAGUAAUUGGGGAUUAAAAUGAUCAAAGUCGCGAUUUUCCACGAUCUACAAUUGUAGGUUGAUUAACUUUGACACGCUGUUACUUCCAAACUUACAUCAUUGUAAUCGUUGAUUAUCUUAGAUUAUUUUGGUUAAUUACAACUUUUUGCUACGAUUUAACACUUAAGAUAUUAAGUUUAAAAAAAAAGUUGCACUGUUUUUACGCCGUGAACGAUUCAUCAUAGAAUAUUUUUUAAAAUGUCAUUUUAAAGCUUGAAAAUCGUAAAACUUUUGUUAUUUUACAGUUUCUUUUAUAAAAUUUACAGUUUU